AUGGCUCACGUCGGCGAGGAAAAGCCUUCGGGCACUGACUCGCCCGUGUCUUUUGACCCUGAGCGCAAUGGAGGAACAACCGAUAGCGUCGAGCUCGUCUGUCCUCCUGGCACGACUGAUCGCAAGCUCAUGGCCAAGAUUGACCUCCAUGUCAUUCCUUUCCUCUGCAUCAUGUACCUGCUCGCCUUUCUGGACCGCGUCAACAUCGCCAACGCCGACGUCUACGGCCUCUCGGUCGAGCUUGGGCUCGAAAAGACCCAGUACAACACCGCCCUCGUCGUCUUCUUCGUGCCCUACAUCCUGUUCGAGAUCCCUUCAAACAUUCUGCUCAAGCGCUUCAAGCCCCACGUCUGGCUGAGCCUCAACAUGUUCCUGUUUGGUCUCACCACCCUCUUGCAGGGUCUGGUCCAGAACUACAGCGGCUUGAUUGCGACGCGCUUCUUCCUUGGUCUCUUUGAGACGGGCAUGUUCCCUGGAGCCUUCUACCUCAUCGGCAUGUGGUACCGACGUCACGAAGCCCAACGCCGAUACUCCUUCUUCUUCAACAGCACCACUCUCGCCGGCGCAUUCGGUGGUCUGCUCGCCGCCGCCAUCGGCAAGAUGAGCGGCAUGAGGGGUUACGCCGGCUGGCGCUGGAUCUUUAUCCUCGAGGGUGCCCUGACCGUCUUUGCCAGCUUCUUCUUCUACUUCCUCCUGCCCGACUUCCCCGAGGAGGCCAAGUGGUUGACACCCCAGGAGAGGGACUAUGUCACCGCGAGGCUCAGGGCCGAUCAGGGCAGCUCUGGCGCUGAGCGCAAGACGACGUUUGGUGAUGUUCUCAAUAUCCUCAAGGACUACAAGAUCAUCCUCGGAGGAUUCAUGUACUUUGGCCUCAUCGUCCCCGCCUACGGUUACGCCUACUUUGCGCCCGGCAUCAUCAAGACGUUCGGCUACAGCCCUGUGCAGACACAGCUUCACAGUGUUCCCCCGUGGGCCGUCGCAUUCGGCUUCUCCAUGGUGAUCGCCUUCAUCUCGGACAAGAUCCGACACCGCGCGGCGUUUGCCAUCUUUGCCAUCCUCGUUGCCAUCUCGGGCUUCGCCAUCUUGCUUGGCGUGCACGACAACACCAAGGUGCAGUACGCGGCGCUCUUCCUCGUCGCCAUGGGCGCGUACACGGCCAUGCCCAUCAUCGUGUGCUGGUUCAACAUGAACCUCGGCGGUCACAGACGGCGAUCGAUCGGAAGCGCGUGGCAGGUCGGAUUCGGCAACAUUGGUGGCAUCAUCGCCGUGUUUGCCUUCCUCAAGAAGGAUGCGCCCAAGUUUAUUCCUGGUUAUUCCAUCUCCAUCGCCUUUACGAUCUUGUCCAUCAUCGCGUGCAUCACGUAUGGCAUCGUGGUGUUUACCGAGAAUAAGAAGAGGGAUCGGAAUCCGCCGCAGGAGGAGCUGUCGGAGGAGGAAAAGACUGAGCUUGGUGAUAAUGCGCCGACGUACAGAUAUCUGCUGUAG